AAAGUGGCUGAACACAACAAAGGCGCGCGAAGCUGUUGAGCGGGAAGAACCAACCUCUAGAUCUCACUCUCACCCUAAACCAUUAGACUCAUCGCUGCUAUUUGAUUUGAUUGCAGUCGCGAGCUCCGAUCUUCGCUUUGAUUUUACUCGAAUCCUAGCGAUGGAAGAAAGUGGGAGCAGUGGAGGAGCCGAAGCAGUGAUUAAUCUGGGACUCGGAUCGUCGGUGCCGAUUUCGUAUCACCCGUGCUUUGGACCUCACGAUGAUCUUCUUCUUCUCGAAGCUGACGACAAUCUCGUCUCAGAUAUCUUCAAUGGAAGGGUAACAUUGAGAGGACUUCCUGAUGAGGACGCUGUUCUCUGCACCAAGUCCAAGACUUACGCAAUCAAGUUUGUUGGCAACUCUAACUCCAUGUUCCUUAUCCCUCCUUCAAACUCCCCUGGCUUCAUCCAAGACGAUGCUCACGGUAAAGUAUCCGUCAUCAAACUUGCUCCUGGUAACAUGGAGCUUGUUGAGGUUUCUCCCAAACUCGACAAACUCAAGCAGCUUCUCUUGGAAAGCCCUUUUGGUCCUGGUGAAGUAGAUGCCAUGAUGAUGGAUGAUGAUGGGUCAGAGAAGAAUAGAGUUUUGUACACAUGGAGUGAUUUGGUUAACAUUAUUCAAGCGAGCGAUGAGGAGCUACGCAGCGGGUUGGAGAGUCUUUCCGCUAUUGAGAUUGAUGGUUACUGGAGGGUUAUAGACGAGAGCUACCUAGACAUGAUUCUGAGAAUGCUUCUUAACAACUGCGUGCUGAACAGUUGGUCUUUUGAUGAUCUAGACAAAGAGGAAGUUGUGAGUUCGUUGGUAGCUGAUGAGUUCCCUACCCAACUCGCGGGGCACUGCUUGCGCGUGUUUGGCUCUGAGGUGAAGGAGACUAACAAGUGGAAGUUGGAGCCGAGGCUUGUGUGCUUGCACUUCGCUAGACAGGUACUGAGAGAGGAGAAGAUGAGGGUAGAGAGGUUUAUGGAAGAGUGGAAGAAGAAGAUACCAGUAGGGAUGGAAGAGAAGUUCGAGAUGCUUGAAGGUGAGGUUUUAACUGAGAGGAUUGGGAUUGAGACAAGGGUUUACACGUUUAGCGUUAGGUCUCUGCCGUCAACUCCAGCUGAACGGUUCGCUGUGCUGUUUAAACAUAGACCGAAGUGGGAGUGGAAAGACUUGGAGCCUUACUUAAGGGAUCUUCAAGUUCCUAGACUUUCUAUGGAAGGUUUGCUUCUGAAGUACACACGCAGAGCACAGUCUAGACCUGAUGCAGAACCUAUCUUUAGUGCAAGGUAGAGCUUGUUUUGUUUUGUGUUAUUUUUUGUUGAUGUUAUAAACUAAUGUUACAUUAAUGGUUAUUAGAAACAUCCAAUAUCUUAUCUUUCUGUUUUUCUUUUUAUUGGCUAGCA